AUGCUUCUCCUCGAUUACCAGAACGUGCUCAUUGAGUCCCUGCUCAAGGAUCGCUUCUCCGGAGGAGCUCCAGCAAACAUUGACCAGGUUGUCUCCGACUUCGAUGGCGUCACAUUCCACAUCUCGACGCCAGAGAGCAAGACCAAGAUCCUAGUCUCGCUACAGAUCAAGUGCUUCUCCGAGCUCGUGCAGUACGGCGCCCAGGCAGUCCUCGAGCGCGAGUACGGCCCGUACAUUGUGUCGCCCGAGUCAGGAUACGACUUUUCGGUGUUGGUUGACUUGGAAAACCUACCUGAAGACAAAGACGGUAGGGAUGAUCUCGUUAGGCGCAUCUCGCUCCUUAAGCGCAACGCCAUGGCUGCACCUUUCGAGCAAGCCUUCGACGAGUUCGCGCAACUUCAAGAAGAAGCCUCCAAGUACACAUCAGAGUCAGCUCCUCAAGGUGUGAAGGAGGGCGGCGAAGUGCGCGCGAUCCACUACCGCGAGGAGGAAGCCAUAUAUAUCAAGGCCAGCUUCGACCGUGUCACAGUAAUUUUCUCCACGGUGUUCAGAGAAGAGACAGACAGGAUCUUUGGAAAGGUGUUCCUCCAGGAGUUCGUAGACGCCAGGCGGAGAGCCAUUCAGAACGCACCCCAAGUUCUCUUCCGAAACGACCCACCUCUUGAGUUGCAAGGCAUCCCCGGAGUGGACACCUCUGGCUCCGCCGAUAUUGGCUACAUCACAUUUGUCCUGUUCCCUCGCCAUCUGGCGGCUGCGCGACGAGCAGAGGUCAUAUCUCAUAUCCAAACCUUCCGCGAUUACUUCCAUUACCACAUUAAGGCCUCCAAGGCGUUUAUUCACUCAAGGAUGCGCAAGAGGACUGCCGACUUCCUUCAAGUCCUGCGAAGAGCGAGGCCUGAGUCGGAGGAGAAGGAACGUAAGACAGCUAGUGGACGAACAUUCAGGGUGCAAGCAUAA